AUGAUUGGAAGAAGAUGCUGCAAGCUUUGCCGUGAUUUUGACAAAGCAAAGUCACCUUGGUUUUCUGAAGCCUUCAGACCACAGGACCAGCCCGUGUAUCCGCAGGCGGCGCAGCAGUUGGAUCUCCCUCACGGGCUUGUCUCUGGACUCUUGGGAGCCAGCGACAGUCGACCGCUGCAGACCCAGGCAUUGGCACCAGCCUCGUCAUCCCAGCACGCAGGCGCUGCGCCGACCUCUGGCGCGCGGAGAGUGGGAGUACCCAGCGGUCGCGGGGCAGCGGCGGGCACUGGGAGCGGAUCCUCGGGCAGUGGCUCGGCCCCGGGCACCAGGAAGGCAGGCAUGGACCUGCGCGUUAACAAAAAGUACCGGCUGAGCCGAAAAAUUGGAUCGGGCUCGUUCGGGGACAUAUACUUGGGAGUGAACGUGACGACAGGGGAAGAGGUGGCCAUCAAACUGGAGUCGGUGAAGACGAAGCACCCGCAGCUUCUGUACGAGUCCAAGAUCUACCGGAUCCUGUAUGGGGGCGUAGGCAUACCAAACGUCCGCUGGUUCGGGGUGGAGGGAGAUUAUAAUGUCAUGGUCUUGGACUUGCUGGGACCCUCGCUGGAGGACCUUUUUAAUUACUGCGGCCGCCGUUUCAACCUGAAAACUGUCCUUCUCCUAGCGCAGCAGCUGCUCUCCCGCCUGGAAUUCCUCCAUACGAAGAGCUUCAUACACCGAGACGUGAAGCCAGACAAUUUCCUCAUCGGACUGGGUCGGCACCACAACACGGUCUACAUCAUCGACUUCGGGCUGGCCAAGCGGUACCGGGACCCCCGCACCCACAAGCACAUCAUCUACCGCGAACACAAAAACCUGACGGGCACGGCGCGGUACGCAUCCAUCAAUACGCACAUCGGCAUCGAACAAUCCCGCCGAGACGACCUCGAGUCCUUGGGCUACGUAGUCAUGUACUUUUUGCGCGGGUCCUUGCCCUGGCAGGGGCUGAAAGCGCACACAAAGAAGCAGAAAUACGAGCGCAUCCUGGAGCGUAAGAUGGCUACAUCGCCCGAGCAGCUUUGUAAAGGCUUCCCCUCCGAGUUCCGGUCAUACUUUGAAUACUGCCGCGCCCUGCGUUUUGACGAUCGUCCUGACUACUCCUAUCUCAAGCGGCUCUUCUCAGAGCUCUUCCUUCGCAAGGGCUUCGCAGACGACGCCAUGUUCGACUGGACCAUCCUGAACAUGCAGCAAGAGCGGAGCCGACAGCAGCAGCAAGACGAGCAGGCCGGCGCCAAGGGACCCGGCGCAGAGGGGGAUGGAGCGAUGAGGAAGGAGCAGGACGGCCGGGCGAUGGAUACGGGUGCGAUGGGGGAAGCCGGAUGCAAGGUGGGGGAAGACGUCGCGCGGGAGAAGGGGGGAGCGAUCGGACUGGAUAGCAGGGGCGUGGAGAGGGCAGAGAUCGGUGUGGCCUUAGGGCGGCGGCGAGGCAUUCUGUCGCGACAAGACGACCCUACCUAG